AAGGUCCUCCCUUUUGGCCUCCAAGGUGCUCAGGUUCUUUUCAUGCAACUGAUUAAUGAGAGGAACUGAUUAAUGGGUUUUCCUUGGAACCCUGACAGCAUCUAUAUAAAGGGGUGUUGGUGUAUUUAGACAUAUGGAUUUACACAGAGACAAAAGCUGAGCAUGUGACAUUGGUGAGAGCGAUUCUAAAAAAGGUAAAAGCUAAACUAUACGCCAAACUUUCCAAGUGCAAGUUUCACCAGAGCAAAAUAGACUAUUUGGGCACACAAGGGAGUUGAAGUGGAUCGCCAGAUGAUCCAGACAGUACUGGACUGAGCUCUGCCCCGCACUAGAAAACAACUGUAAAGCUUUCUGGCCUUCACCAAUUCUACUGGCAAUCUAUCCCUUCUUUUGCCGAAAUUGCACUCCCUAUCACUAAUCUUUUAAAAACCAAAGAAUCCAAACCUAAAAUCAGCCAACCUUUAAAAUAGACUAGAGGGAGACCUUGACUUACAACAGUUCACUUAGUGACUGUUCAAAGCUACAACGGCACUGAAAAAAGUGACUUAUGACAAUUUUUCACAUUUAUGACCACUGCAGCAUCCCCAUGAUCAAGUGAUUUACAUUCAGAUGCUUGACAGCUGACUCACAUUUAUGACAGUCCCAGAAUCCUUUUUGUGACUUCUGACAAGCAAAGUUAAUGGGGAAACCAGAUUCACUGAACAAUUGCUUAACAACUGCAGUGAUUCACUUAAUAAUUAUGGGAAGAAAAGUCGUAAAAUGGGGCAAAACCCCACAAGAAAUUUCUCACCUAACAACAUAAAUUUUGGGCUCAAUUGUGGUCAUAAGCUGAGGACUACUUGUAUGGAAUGUCAGGCGGCAUUUGAAAAACUCAAAAGAGCUUUUCGCAGCCGAACCUGUCCUAAAAUACCCCAUUUAUCAUUUAAGCAGACGCUAGCAAUGUGGCAGUAGGUGCUGUGUUUUUGCAACGAAACAAACAAGGGAACCUACAGCAUUGCACUUAUACUUCUAAAAAAUUGUCAGAGACUAAACAAAGAUGGGCAGUUUGGUCGAAAGCAGCUUAUGCUGGGUGCUCUCGACAUGGAGGCAUUUCCUAGAAAGAAACAAAGUACUUUUUGAGGUGGAAAAAAAAGUGGAAGCGCUGAAACCCUCCCCACGAAGAUUGUCACCCAGGCAAGUCCGGUGGGUGCCGUACUUUAAUCGAUUUGACCUUAUGCUACUUCCCAGAGGGGGAGGGGGAGGAAUAAAUAAUUUCCUGACUGAUGCUCUGUCACGAACGUCUCUAUAUAAUUUGCAUUAAGCCUGAUAUGGUCAAGUCAUUAAUUCCAUUGUGUCAGCUGACCGCCCCAGUGUCAACCAGAGCACAAGCGAGAGAAAAGCCUUAGACGACCAUGUAACAGCGGCUCUUAAACCCUCACUGCAAGACGAUAAGUGGUUUCAAAGUCACAAAAAAUGAAUGUUCCAUAUAGGAUGGACUAGCGGGUGGGAGAAGAAAAGUCAAAGAUUACUAAUCCUGGAUAAAAGCCACAAUUCAAAAACUGUGGGACAUUUUGGCUUUGUAAAUAUCUGCAUCUAAUUAAGAGACAGUUUGGUGUCCGAUCUUAAAAAAGGACAUUGAAAGCUAUGUGGCAAAUUGCCCAAUUUGUGCCUUUGCUAAACACAACGAGUGCCUGAAUUGAAAGCACCAUGAAGAGAAAUCUCCAUGUAUUUCAUAGUAGAACUGGUGUCCUGCCAUUAUGCUGGGGUAAAAGGGGGUUGGCAUACUUGGGAUUUUUCCACUUCUGCUGCACACUUGAGACUUAGGGAGGGUGAUUAUCUUCAGAGAUGGCACAGACUCCUUCCCAGCUGUUUUCACCAGUUCCAACGGUGUCACACCCUGAGUGUGAACUGCUAUAUGCCUAGCACCUCGCCUUAGCAUUCUUAAAAGAUCUUCUUGGAAUCACAUUGGCUGCUGGUCAGGAGGUUAGAAUUGGGGACCAAAAGAAUUGCUUUUGAAGAGGCAGUGGCUUGCACUCAGAUCCAUGAUGGUGGCAACUGAAGUUGAAACAGCCUCCUGAGCUCAAAGAAGUCCCAACCAUGCAGAGUUUGGCCACAGUUGCACCGGUGCCAAAAGCACUCACACAGGUUGAUCGAGAGAUUUACCAGUGAAUUAAUGAACUAUCUAGUCCUGAAACUUGUGAGAAUGUACUAUUAGAGCUGAGUAAAAAACAAGAGUCUGUCCCUGAUCUUGCCCCAAUGUUAUGGCAAAUUGCAGCUCUGUUACAGGAAAUUGUAAAUAUCUACCCAUCUAUAAAUCCACCAAUUUUGAGAGCUCAUCAAUCCAACACAGUAUGCAAUGCUCUGGCAUUUUUGCAAUAUGCUGCAUCACAUCCAGAAACCAGGUCAGCUUUUCUUGCUGCACAUAUUCCUCUCUUCUUGUAUGCCUUCCUGCAGUCAGCAAGACUCUGUCCCUUUGGAUAUCUGCGAUUCACAAGUCUUGGAGUAAUUGGGCUUGUGAAAACGGAUGAACAAGAAGUUAUCAAUUUCCUACUAACAACUAAAAUUAUCCCUUUAUGUUUGCACAUCAUGAAGUCUGGCAAUGAGCUUUCCAAAAUGAUUGCUACUUUUAUUCUAUAGGAGAUCCUAUUAGAUGAUACGGGAUUGGCAUAAGUCUGUCAGAUUUAUGAGCGAUUUUCUCAUGUUGCAAUGAUACUGAGUAAAAUGGUCUUGCAACUUUCCAAGGAGCCUUCUCCCAGGCUAUUGAAACAUAUGGUCCAUUGUUACCUUUGCCUUUUCGAUAAUCCAAGGGCACGGGAAGCCCUCAGGCAGUGCUUUCCUGAUCAGCUGAAAGACACCACCUUUGCCCAAGUUCUGAAGGACAACACUAUUACCAAGCAUUGGCUAGCCCAGCUGGUCAAGAAUCUCCAGGAAGGCCAGGUCACUGACCCCAGGAGUAUCCCUCUCCCUCCACAAUGACAGCCAAGGAGGUGGCAGAACCCAGGAGGAAACAGCUCAGGUUUACAGAGAGCCAGGAACCAAUGGCCUCUUCCAAAUCCUGCAGGCAUGCAUGGACAGCUCAACUAGACUAUCAGUAGUCACCUGGACUUUCUAUAGCAAUUUCUCACCAUGUCUUUGAGGAUUAUGACAUCAGCAAACACAGUCAGGACAGACAAGUAAUUGCUUUUGUUUUGUGCAGGAACUUCAGACUCCAUUUGACUUUACUGCAACCAGUUUCUCUCAGUAAAAAUUCUUUUGAUUCAAUGAAUUCAAGAGUCUUGCUUUCCUGAAGGGACUGGCUGGGCAGGCCUAACAGUACAGCUUAGAAAUAUUAGCUGUUUUCGACGUAUAAGUCAGCUGUUUUUAAAAAAACUGCAGGAUUUUAAAAUUUAAAUGAACUUCUUACCAUGAAGUAAGUGAUCAUGAAAACAGUAUCUAUGAAGAGCAAACCUGUGCUGGCUUUUGAUGUUCUGCCAAAGGAGGGAAACAGUUAUGACA